UUCUUUUUCUUUUUCUUUUUCUUUCUCUUUUCUUUAAAAUAAUAAUAAUCAUAAUACAAUAUGCCAUCGUUAACUGAAAAAUGGCGGCAGAUUCAAACCGGUCCACCAGAUGUAAUAGAUCAAACGGUUGAGUCACCAAUUUCACCUCCCAAGUCUGCUAACAGCGAGAUGGAUAAGACAACAUUGAAAGCAUUUAUGCUAGUAGAAUCAAAGCCUUCCCCUGUCAUAGAUGUAGCUACUGAGGGGAGUAUGAAGUCAAAAGUAAGCCAAAAUGGGCAAGCCAGCACAGGUACAGAUACGAAUAACUCAAUCGCUGAUGAAUUUCAUAAAGAUAUUGAUUUAUUGGAUACUUUUGAUGAACAUAAUACAUUUGAACAAUAUAAAGAGUUUCCAGCCUCAUUUGAAAAUUUGCCAAUGGAUUUGAUAUUUAGUUCCACAAAUAACCUGAGUCUCUCUCUUAAUAGAGUAUCUUCAAUUGGAUUAUCCUCUAGUAGUGAAUUCCAUGAUAAAUGGCCUGUUCCUGAAACAGUUGAAGAACUUUAUAGAAUAUGUGAAAAGGAACAGUCUAAAGGUGAUCUGAACUCACGUUUUGCAUUAUGUUUGCAUUUAAUGGAAAGUGCAUGGAAAAUGGAUCCAAAUAGUAUUCUAGUUGUUUCUCCAGAUGAAAUUAAAUUAUCUGGUAGUAGUAGUAGUAGUAGUAUGUUCGAAGAUUUUAGAUCGGGCUUAUCCCUGUCUAGCGGUUCUCAAAUAUCGUACACGUUAAAUGAGGCUAUGAUUAGAGAAGCAAGAAAAUUAUUGAAACAGCUAACUCAUUCAGGCUAUAUAGCCUGUAAGGGAAUAGAAUCUGAAGCUCAGUAUUUACUUGGUAAUUGUUAUGGUAUGGGUGCAUUUGGUUGGCCAAUUAAUCAUAAGCGUGCAUUUCAAUGGUAUUUUCAUGCAUCCAAAAAUGGACAUACUGAAGCUACAUACCGUGCAGCAGUUUGCUACGAACUAGGUAUCGGCAUUGAGAAAGAUGCAUCUUGUGCAAUUAUGUUUUAUCGUAAAGCAGCUCAUUUAAUGCAUGUUCCUAGCAUGUACAAGUUAGGCAUUAUAUUGAUGAGAGGAUAUUAUGAUCAGCCAGUUUCAAAACGUGAAGCAGUUAUUUGGCUACAACGAGCUGCAUAUACAGCUAUUGCACCUUUAGCACCUGGUGAUGAAUGUAAUGCAACAACUGUUGGUAGUAAUGGCGGUGUUGCUUUACCUCAUGCAUUACAUGCACUUGCUAUUAUUCAUUUGACAGGAGAAUGCGAAAAUACAAGUAUAAUAUCAGAUUCAAAGUAUGCUAUCAAACUGCUUCAUAACGCUGCUAGAUUAGGAUAUGCACCUAGUCAAUAUAAAUUGGGUGAAUGUUAUGAAAGUGGAGUUCACUGUUCAGAAGAUGAAUCCCAAUCUAUUUACUGGUAUGCAUUAGCAGCACAUCAAAAUUAUCCUGAAGCAUGUUUAGCUUUGUCUGGAUGGUAUUUGACUGGCUCAAUUAAAACGGACAGUCUUAUGCAGUCGGAUCAAGAGGCUUUUGUAUGGGCAUAUAAGGCAGCCAAGCUUUCUAAAGGUAUUCAAUCAAAGUCAUUAGUAGCCAAAUCAUAUUAUACUUUAGGUAUUUAUUAUGAAAAUGGCAUUGGUGUAUCCAAAUCAUUAAAUAUUGCUCAUAAAUGGUAUAGAAAAGCUGCUCAAUAUGGUCAUACAGAUGCAAUUAAAAAUACUUUUGUCAACUAAACUUAUCAUCA